ACUUAAGAAUCAUGUCUAACAUGUUUCAUGGUGAUCACCACUUUAUAAAUACCUAACAGCUCCUUCUCAACUAUCACAUCUCACCUUACUUCAAUCCAUUUCCCUACUCACCCUUCUUCUCCAUCCUCUUUUCAUCCACUACUAUUCCAACCACCAUGGCCGAAGAGAAGCACCACCACCACCUCUUCCACCACCACAAGGACCAGGAGACUAAGCCCAUAGAAACUGAGACUGGUUACGACAACCCAUCGUACGAGUCUUCUGGUGCUGCUCAAUAUGAAACUGGCUUCAACAAAACAUCAUUUUCUAGUGACGACCCUUCUGGUGAAGGCUAUGAAGGGCGCAGAAAGACAGGUUAUUCUGCCAUUGAUGAGUCUUCAGGUGGCUAUGGCACUGGUGGUGGAUACUCUGACACCACCGAUGCUGGCUACACCAAAACAAGUUCUGGUGGUGGAUUCGGCGUUGGUGGUGUGUACUCUGACACCGAUGACGGUGGCUACGGCAAGAAAAGUGGUGGCGGUGGCUACAAGGAUGAUAGCGACGAACGUUACGAUGAGGUUGACUACAAGAAGGAGGAGAAGCACCACAAACAUCUUGAGCACCUCGGUGAGUUAGGUGCUGCAGCAGCUGGUGCUUACGCCUUGCAUGAGAAGCACAAGGCGGAGAAAGACCCAGAGCAUGCACACAAGCACAAGAUAGGAGAGGAGGUUGCAGCAGUUGCUGCAGUGGGAGCUGGUGGAUUUGCCUUUCAUGAGCAUCAUGAGAAAAAGGAAGCAAAGGAAGAGGAAAAGGAAGCAAAGGAAGAGAAGCGUCACCACCACCUCUUCUGAUACAUCCAAACCAAACAUUUAUAAUUAUGCAACCAAUAAGAGCAUAUAAUAUGCUUCUGGCUUUACUUAUGUUUGUGUGUUCUUAAGUUAUAUAUCUUCCACUUUAUAUUGGGAGUGAAUGCUUUGUGUGGACAAUAUUUCCUUCCUAUGUGUAUGUAGUAACACUUGUGUACAUAUAUAUAAUCAUAACAUAUAUUGUGAAAUCGUUUCAGAUC